UCUGUUUUUUUUUUUUUUUUAAUUUCUCCACCAAUGGCUAACUGGAUCUCCGAUGUUGCAGAGGAAGUUUCCGCCGCCGUUCCUCACAUGUCGUCCUCGAACGCCGUCGUCUCCAUAGAAGAGGAAGAAGUUGUGCCGUCUGGUUCCGAUGUUCCGUCUCCUCAAGAGAGGAACAUGUCGUCGCAAAACCUCCGGCGAUACGACUCCUUGUAUUUAGAGUCUCGUAAACUCCGUGGUCGUGAUCACUCCGAUGACGAUAAGAAGAAAUGGAGUGUGAUAUUACAACUAGCAUUCCAGAGCAUCGGAGUAGUGUACGGAGACAUCGGAACCUCGCCGCUCUACGUGUACGCCGGCAUCUUUCCGGAGGGAAUCAAGCACGAGGACGACGUUUUAGGAGCGAUGUCUUUGAUCUUCUACACCUUAACUCUCCUUCCAGUCAUCAAAUACGUGUUCAUCGUCCUCAGGGCCAACGACAACGGCGAUGGCGGAACCUUCGCACUGUACUCUCUGAUUUGCCGGUACGCGAAAGUAGGGCUGAUUCCAAACGCAGAGAUGGAGGAUGGAGAGGUGUCCAAUUAUCAAUUGAAUUUGCCGAAUCGGAGACAGAAGAGAGCUUCGAGGAUUCAGUCGGCGCUGGAGAACAGCCAUUUUGCGAAGGUCUCUCUUCUCUUUGCGACGAUGCUCGGAACCGCCAUGGUUAUCGGCGACGGCGUCCUCACCCCUUGUAUCUCAGUUUUAUCUGCCAACUGUGGCGGGAUCAGGGAGGCAAUCCCUACAACGACAGAAGGUAAUUUCUACCUGUGUUAUUAAGAGGAUAUUUUGCCGUGAUAAUUAGUUAGAAUAUAUAUCAGAUAUUUAGGGAGUUGUUAGUAUAGA